AUAGAUGUCGUAUAACUUUUUCACCGAGAAAAGGAUUAUUAUAAAUUAAUUAUAAUUAUUUAAAUAAAAUUAUGCCAUCACCAUUGUUAGCUGAAUCAAUUGCUUUAGAAAUUGGAGGGCAAGAACCAUGGCCAGCUGACGUAAAACUAUAUCAACCAUAUGAAGUGGAGCAAAUUUUAUUACCAGACAAUGCAAAUUGUCUAGCAGUUCAAGCAUAUCUUCGAAUGUGUGGCUUAACAUAUCAAAUUGAGUCACGAGCAAAUGCUGAAUUUAUGUCACCAUCAGGAACUGUACCAUUCAUUAAAUGUGGAAAAUAUGUUAUACCCGAAUUAGAGCCUAUUGUUUCUUUUGUUGAGAAUAAAGGCAUUUCAUUGACUACCAAUUUCGAUGAUUCCCAAAAGAAUGAUAUGAAAGCGUACAUUUCAUUAAUAAACUUUGUAUUGGGCAAUAGUGAGCUAUAUGUAUGCUGGGUGGAUGAAGAUACAUAUAACAAAGUGACUAAACCACGUUACAGUUCAGUUUAUCCAUGGCCUUUGAAUCACAUACAGACUAGGUCGAAGAGAGCAGCUGUCAUUAAACACUUAAAGGCUGUAAAAUAUUAUAAUAAAACGAUUGAAGAAGUUUAUCAGGAAGUUGAACAGUGUUGUAGAUCGUUAUCAGACCGUUUGGAUGAUAAAGAGUAUUUCUUUGGCUCUAAACCUUCUGAAUUGGAUGCACUUGUAUUUGGUCAUUUAUUUACUGUGAUUACAACAUCAUUACCAAAUAGUCAAUUUGCACCAAUUGUAAGACAAUUUCCAUCAUUAGUUGAACUAGCACAACGUAUUGAACGUGAAUAUUUCCAAAGGGAUUCAUAUUAAAUAGUUUAUUACGCACAAUUUCAUAGCAAGUAUUUUUAAAAUACUUUAUUAUUUGUUGAAGUUAGUGAUUGUUAUGUGAAACAAAUUUAUGUACCAUAAUUUAUUCAAUAAAAAAAUUUAAAUAUUCGA